UGAUAGAGUACAUACAUACAUGCAUAAGCGUGCUCAAUUUGGUAAUGAUGUCCAAAAUAAUUGCGGUGUUUGUUUGUUGUGUUUUGUGUAUCCUUGUUUGUUGUACGACAGAGGAUAUUAAUAUUAAGAUGGGAGGCAAUGAAACAGUAACAUUCCCGGCACUGAUUGUAUUUGGUGAUUCAAUCGUUGACACAGGAAGUAACAAUGACCUAAUAACAGAAGCUAAAUGCAAUUUCCUUCCUUAUGGGAGGGAUUUCCUCGGCGGAAAACCAACAGGAAGAUUUUCCAACGGCAGAGUUCCUCCCGAUUUCAUAGCGGAAGAAUUGGGAAUAAAAGAUUUGAUACCAUCAUAUAGGAGUUCCGAUUUACAAUCAAACGAUCUCCUUACAGGUGUUAGUUUUGCAUCGGGUGCCUCUGGAUAUGAUCCUUUGACUCCACAAUUACAGUGCUUGCAGUCAGUGAUACCAUUAUCUGAUCAACUGAAGCAAUUCAAGGAAUACAUAGAAAAGCUAAAAGGAAAUUUUGGAGAAGAAAGAACAAAAUUCAUCUUGUCCAAAAGUUUAGUACUUGUAGUAGCAAGUAACAACGACAUUGGCAUUUCUUAUUUUGCAACUAGAAUUAGGCAAGUCCAAUAUGAUAUUGGCUCUUACACUGAUAUGUUGGUGCACUUUGCCUCCACUUUCAUUAAGGACAUAUAUGGAUUGGGGGCAAGGAGAAUAGGGGUGUUUGAUGCUGCUCCACUUGGAUGCGUACCAUUUGAGCGAACGCUAUUUGGAGAUGAGGAGAGAAAGUGUUCACAAGAAAUAAACUCAGCAUCACAGUUGUUUAACAUUAAACUAUCUACACAAAUUGACCACCUAAAUCAAAAUUUGCCUCAAGCCAAUGUGGUUUAUGUUGAUAUUUACAACCCUUUGCUUCAUAUCAUUGAAAAUCCUAUCAAAUAUGGUUUUGAAGUUGUUGACAAGGGAUGUUGUGGCACAGGAACUAUAGAACUAGGUACACUAUGUAAUCAGUUGCAACCAACUUGCAUAGAUGAUUCUAAACAUGUGUUUUGGGAUGCAUUUCAUCCCACAGAGAAAACGUAUCAGAUUCUUGUUCGUGAUCUCCUCAACAAAACUUUACACAAAUUCUUUUGAAAGAACUCCAAAUUCAAGUUCAUUAAUCCGUCUCCACAAUUUAAAAUAUAUAACUUUCUAAUAGUGCACAAUAAAUAAAUGAAGUGGUUGGAUCAUUUACUUUAUGUAAAUUUGAAGAUAUAUGAAUUUUUAUAUAGCACAUGCCUUAUAUUUUUAGCAUUUCUUUAUCUUCACUCCCUUGAGUUAAUGCUUGAAAAACUUUUACAAUUUCUUUUCUAAAGAAAAAGGUAAGGGUUUGGUCGAUA